UGUCAGAAACAAGAACGGUAUUUACCGUACAGUACUCCUGAAUUCGUAAGCGCGAUCCUGCCCUUUCGCCUCCGUGAAGUGAGCAAGAGCAGUGAAAAUGAAGAUCGGGCUGUGCUCGUUCAGCGGUUAUAAAAUCUACCCCGGCCAUGGGAAACGAAUGGUCAAAGCAGACGGGAAGACUUUCCACUUCCUGAACGCUAAAUGCGAGGCAUCGCAUAUGAUGCGCCGUAACCCGCGUAAGGUGACCUGGACGGUGUUGUACCGUCGCAAGCACAAGAAGGGUCUGGAGGAGGAGACGGCCAAGAAGAGGACUCGACGCACAGCCAAGUUCCAGAGGGCCAUCGUUGGAGCUUCCCUCAACGACAUCCUAGCCAAGAGAAACAUGAAGCCCGAGGUGCGCAAGGCUCAGCGAGAACAGGCCAUCCGUGCUGCCAAGGAGAAGCAGAGGGCCCAGAAAGUACAGAAAAAGACCACCACAGCCACCGCACCAAAGGCUGCCCCAAAACAGAAGGCUGCCAAGCCAGUGCAAGUAAAGGCACCGCGUGUGGGUGGAAAGCGCUGAGUUGGAUCAUUAAAAUGUCUAUCUGUACAGAUC